CCCCGGGCUCGGAAACGCGACCCGGCCUCGGGCCCCUGCUUUCCGGAUUCCCGGCGAGCCCGGGGAGCCCAGGCUGGGGGCGGGGAGCGGGGAGUUGGGGUUCCCCGGCCCUGACAGAGGAGAUUCCCCCGACUCAGGGCGGCGCAGAGACCCAACGCGGGCUACUCUAGGGACCCCGGGCCGCGAUCGAAGGAGACACACGCCAGGGGCGAUGGGGAUCCCCACGCAGGGUCGGGAUCCGCGUGCUUGCUCGUCCACCUUACCGCGGGAUGGGCCGCGACCGCUGAGCGUCUGCGAGGUAGUCGGACGCGCAGCUCCGGAGAUCUCCUGGUCCGGCGCUUUUAAGGAGCCAAGCGGAAGCCCGCACGCAGGAAACCGGGGCCCCGAACUCGGGGGCUUCGCCACUGAUUGUCCAAACGCAAUUCUUGUACGAGUCUGCGGCCAACCGAGAAUUGUGGCUGGACAUCUGUGGCUGAGCUCCGGGCGCAACAGGGGCGGAAGCCGCAGGAACCGAGCUCGGCGCGGGCGAGACCCCUCGGGGAGGCGGCUGGCUGGCCCCAGCGCGAGGAUCGCAGCCCCAGCCGAGAGCGCAAAAGAGGGACGCCGGUCCCUGCCACCAGCGCCGCCAUCCUCAUCCUCGUCGUCGUCGUCCUCCUCCUUCUCCUCCUCCUCUGCGGGUGACCAGUCGUGGCUGGCGGGGGCCUCCAGUCGAUCGCGUCGUUUUUCCCUUUUUCAAAUUUCGGCCGGGAACGAAGGUGGCACGCCGCGGCGGGGCAUGACUGUGGUCCGGGGAGCCCGCCCUCGGCCCGAGCCGCAGCAAGUCGGGGGCGAAAGAAGAUGCCGGCGGAACGCGCUCGCUAAUUCGUUUUGAAUUGGUUUUAACCUAGCCCCCACCAAUGCCCCCCAAACAAAAAAGCCUAAACCAACCCCUAAAUCCCAAAUAAACCGACCCCUCCCGCCAGCCCCUCCAGACGGACCGAUGGGCUGAGCCUCCUCCAGCCGCAGCAGGAGUCAGAGGAGUCGGAGAAGCGUCGAGAAUGAUGCGCUCCAGCCGGGCAAUCGCCUCGGCUUUGGAAACAACUUGGACAAACGAAUCCUUUUCAUUAAAGACAAACCUUCGGAGAUA